CGCAGGUCAACCCGCUUAUGGAACCGCCACCCAUAGAGGAGCCGCCGGUGGACCCACCAUUGGUUGAGGAGCCACCGCUUGCCGAGGAUCCUCCGAUGCCGGUCGACCCACCCGUGGAACCGCCACCCAUGCAGGAGCCACCGAUGGACCCACCACCAGUUGAGGAGCCACCACCCGCCGAGGAUCCUCCGGCAGCGAUCGACCCGCCCGUGGAACCGCCGCCCAUGGAGGAGCCAUCCGUGGAGCCACCACCGGUUGAGGAGCCACCACCAGCGCAUGAGCCACAACCUGUGGCCCCAACACCAGUCCAGGAGCCACCUAGUGCACCAGCAGAGGCAAAACCAUCUGAUGGCAGUGAUGAAUCAGAUGGUAGCACCGGUGAUGAGGACAACGGCGAGGGGGGUGGCCGCAAGGGUAAGCGACGCAGUGGCGGGAAAGGACGACGGAGGCGCAGGCGGCGUGGCAGGUUCCCGUUGGGCAUGGUGGUUGCUCCUGCUGUGAUCUUGCUCGCUCUUGCAGUGCUCGCGGCCAAGAGACGGCGACAACAGGGCGGCGGUUGAUUAUAGAGGUGGUUCGGCUCGGGCCAUUGUGUAACCCAUGUUGUAUACUUGUAUAGAACUGAUUUUUUGUAGGAUUCGUCUUGGCACCGAAUUCUUUUUCUUUUCGCCAUGAAACAAGAAAAUUUGGGAGAGUAUUUGUAGCGGGGGGCAUCCACUUGAGACUUGACCAAGGGGCGGAGCCACGAUUUGGCAAAGUACUCUACUCCCUUCAUUCACAAAUAUAAUAUGUUUUAAA